AUGGCAAAAAUGUCCAGCCCUGCAGAGACUGAGCGAUGCAUUGAGUCUCUGACUGCUGUUUUCUGGAGGUAUGCUGGAAAGGACAGUAACAGCUCUACACUUUCCAAGACUGAGUUCCUAACCUUCAUGAAUACAGAACUGGCUGCCUUCACAAAGAACCAAAAGGACCUCGGUAUCCUUGACCACAGGAUGAAGAAAUUGGAUGUGAACAGUGAUGUGCAGCUAGAGUUCCAAGAAUUUCUUAAUCUUACUGGCAGUCUGGGGGUAGCUUGCCACGAGUCCUUUAGUCGUUCCCGGAAGUACACCCGAGGAGCCCUGGGAGCUGGCCUCCAUACCAACCCCCUUUCCUUUCAGCUUCCUAGUCAUCAUCAUCUCCUCAUGGACCACACAUACCCUGAGCCCAGUAGAGACUCGAGGUAG